UAUAAAUAAUAUUAAAAAAAUUUCGUAACCUAAGGAUUGAUCCUAAAUUAAGACGUUGAAGGAUCAAAUCCUUAAGGACGUGGCAAGGCGGCUCCCUAAGAAUGAAUCAUCUUUCGAUUUCAUUGAAACUCGAUUCCUUUUCAGCUCUCAUCAACGAAUCGAAUUCCUUGGCUUCCAUAAACUAAGAUUUCGAGAUGGCUGCUGCUACUUCCUCUUCCCCAAUAUCCGUCCAUGAUUUCACAGUCAAGGACGCGAGGGGAAACGAAGUGGAUCAAAGCAUCUACAAGGGGAAGGUUCUGUUGAUUGUCAACGUUGCUUCUCAGUGUGGCUUGACCAAUUCGAACUAUACUGAGCUUGCGCAGCUCUAUCACAAGUACAAAGAUCAUGGGUUUGAGAUCCUUGCAUUCCCUUGUAACCAGUUUGGGAAUCAAGAACCUGGUUCUAAUGAAGAGAUUGUUCAGUUUGCUUGUACCCGUUUCAAGGCUGAGUACCCCAUUUUCGACAAGGUAUCAACUUUUUCUUUGUUCUUGGGGGUAUUAACUCCUGGUUUUAGUUUGAAUCAGUUAUCAUUCCGUGGAUGUAUCCGGUUCUCCCAAGAUGCCUCUAAAUCUCGGUAAUAUGCUUCGCAUACGGAGUCAUGUUCGUGAUAGGUAUUUACAUGAAUGAUUGAGAUAUGAUUUAAUCAAAAAUAUUUGGAACAAGUUUAGUAAUGAUGAAGAUGAAUAAUAAUUGUAUGUUUACAUUUAAUUUUUCAAUAAAUGAAUUUUAAAUUUAAA